GACGGCGGGCUGGAAACCGUCCAAUCAGAAAGGCAGCUGGAGCGAAGAGGGCGGUUUCCGGGUUUGGUGAGGCCUCUGUCUCUCGCCGUAGUCAGAGCUCUAGGUCUAGUUCUCACUACUCCUGGACGCUCAGGCUGUGUGGUCCUGUGUCCUGCAGGUAUUGGGAGAUCCACAGCUAAGACACCGGGACCUCCUGGAAGCCAAAAAUGGGACCAUUGCAAUUUAGAGAUGUGGCCAUAGAAUUCUCUCUGGAGGAGUGGCAUUGCCUGGACACUGCACAGCGGAAUUUAUAUAGGGAUGUGAUGUUAGAGAACUACAAAAACCUGGUCUUCCUUGGUAUUCCUGUUUCUAAGCCAGACCUGAUCACCUGUCUGGAGCAAGGAAAAAAACCUUUGACUAUGAAGAGACAUGAGAUGGUUGCCAAAUCCCCAGUUAUAUAUUCUCAUUUUGCCCAAGACCUUUGGCCAGAGCAGAGCAUAAAAGAUACUUUCCAAAAAGUGAUACUGAGAAGGUAUGAAAAAUGUGGACAUGGCGAUUUACAGUUAAAAAAAGGACCUGAAAGUGUGGAUGAGUGCAAGGUGCACAAAGAAGGUUAUAAUGAACUUAACCAAUGUUUGACAACUACCCCGAGAAAAAUAUUUCAGUGUGAUAAAUAUGUGAAAGUGUUUCAUCAAUUUUCAAAUUCAAACAGACAAAAGAGAGGACGUACUGGGAAAAAACCUUUCAAAUAUAUAGAAUGUGGCAAAGCUUAUAAGCAGUUCUCAACUCUUACUACACAUAGGAAAAUUCAUACUGGAGGGAAACCCUACAAAUGUGAAGAAUGUGGCAAAGCCUUUAAGCACUCCUCCACUCUUACUACCCAUAAGAGAAAUCAUACUGGAGAGAAACCGUACAAGUGUGAUAAAUGUGGCAAAGCCUUUAUGUCAUCCUCAACCCUUAGUAAACAUGAGAUAAUUCAUACGGAAAAGAAACCCUAUAAAUGUGAAGAAUGUGGCAAAGUCUUCAACCGGUCCUCAACCCUUAGGAUACAUAAGAUAAUUCAUACUGGAGAGAAACCCUACAAAUGUGAAGAAUGUGGCAAAGCCUUUAAGUACUCCUCUACCCUUACUACACAUAAGAGAAUUCAUACUGGAGAGAAAUUCUGCAAAUGUGAAGAAUGUGGUAAAACCUUCAAGCGGUCCUCACGCCUUACUACACAUAAGAUAAUUCAUACUCGAGAGAAAUUCUACAAAUGUGAAGAAUGCAGCAAAGCUUUUAAGCAGUUCUCUAACCUUACUACACAUAAGAAAAUUCAUACUGGAAAACCCUACAGAUGUGAAGAAUGUGGCAAAGCCUUUGAGCGCUCCUCUAAACUUACUACACAUAAGAGAUUUCAUACUGGAGAGAAACCCUACAGAUGUGAGUAAUGUGGCAGAGCUUUUCACCUAUCCUCACACCUUACUACACAUAAGAUAAUUCAUACUGGAGAGAAACCAUAUGAAUGUGAUGAAUGUGGAAAAGCUUUUAACCAGCCCUCAAUUCUAACUAUGAGAAUUGAUAUGGAAUAUAAACCAAUUCAUACUGGAAAGAAACUCUACAAGUUUGAAGAAUGUGGCAAGGCAUAUAACAAGCAGGAGAAUCUCAUGAACCACUCAAAAAUACAUACUGGAAAAAAACUUUUCAAAUGUAUAGAAUGUGGCAAAGCUUUUAACGAGUCCUCAACCCUUACUACACAUAAGAAAAUUCAUACUGGAGAGAAACCCUACAAAUGUGAAGAAUGUGGCAAAGCCUUCAACUGGUCCUCACACCUUACUACACAUAAGAUAAUUCAUAGUGGAGAGAGACGGUACAAAUGUGAAGACUGUGGCAAAGCCUUUAGCCGGUUUUCAUACCUUACUGCACAUAAGAUAAUUCAUAGUGGAGAGAAACCCUACAAAUGUGAAGAAUGUGGAAAGGCCUUUAAGCGCUCCUCUAACCUUACUACACAUAAGAUAAUUCAUACUGGAGAGAAACCCUACAAAUGUGAAGAAUGUGGCAAGGCCUUUAAGCGCUCCUCUAUCCUUACUACACAUAAGAUAAUUCAUAGUGGAGAGAAACCCUACAAAUGUGAAGAAUGUGGCAAGGCCUUUAAGCACUCCUCUGUCCUUACUACACAUAAAAGAAUUCAUACUGGAGAGAAACCCUACAAGUGUGAAGAAUGUGGCAAAGCCUUUAAGUACUUCUCAUCCCUUACUACACAUAAGAUAAUUCAUACUGGAGAGAAACCCUACAAAUGUGAAGAAUGUGGCAAAGCCUUCAACUGGUCCUCACACCUUACUACACAUAAGAGAAUUCAUACUGGAGAAAAACCCUACAAAUGUGAAGAAUGUGGCGAAGCCUUUAAGUACUCCUCUUGCCUUACUACACAUAAGAUAAUUCAUACUGGAGAGCAACCCUUCAAAUGUGAAGAAUGUGGCAAGGCCUUUAAGUGCUUCUCUGUCCUUACUACACAUAGGAGAAUUCAUACUGGAGAGAAACCCUAUAAAUGUGAAGAAUGUGGCAAAGCCUUCAACUCGUCCUCACACCUUACUGCACAUAAGAGAAUUCAUACUGGAGAGAAACCCUACAAAUGUGAACGAUGUGGUAAGGCUUUUAAGCGCUCCUUUAUCCUUACUAGACAUAAGAGAAUUCAUACUGGAGAGAAACCCUACUAAUGUGAAGAAUGUGGCAAAGGCUUUAAGUGCUCCUCUACCCUUACUACACAUAAGGUAAUUCAUACUGGAGAGAACUAUAAAUGUGAAGAAUGUGGCAAAGCUUUUAACCCACUAUCCUUUUUACACAUAAGAAAAUUCAUAUUGGAGGGAAAUGUAAAGCGUGAUAAAUGUGGCAAAGCCUUUAUUUCAUCCUCACACCUCAGUAGACAUGAGAUAAUUCAUGCGGAAGAGAAACCCAAUAUAAGAAAAUGCGACAAAGCCUUUAAGGACACCUCUGCCCUUCCUAGACAUAUGAUAAUUCAUACUGGAGAGAAACCCUGUGAGUUUGAUGAAUGUGGGAAAGCCUUUAGCCAGCUAUCAACUUUUACUAAAUAGAGAAUUUAUAUGAAACAUAAACCCUACAAAUACAAAGAAUGUGACAAAGCUUUUAGGAAGUGCUGAACCCUUCUUACACAUAAUUCAUACUGGACAAAAAUCCUACAAGUUUGAGGAAUGUGGCAAAGCCUAUAACAAGUUUUCAAUUUUUUUUUUUUUUUUUUUUUUUGAGAUGAAGUUUCAUGCUCAUCACCCAUGCUGGAGUACAAUGCCAUGAUCUCGGCUCACUGCAACCUCUGCCUCCUGGAUUUAAGCCAUUCUCCUGCCUCAGCUUCCUGAGUAACUGGGAUUAUAGGUGUCCUCCAACAUGCCCAGCUCACUUUUGUAUUUUUAGUAGAGAUGUGAUUUCACCACGUUUGCUGGUCUCGAACUCCUGUCCUCAGGAGAUGCACCUGCCUUGGCCUCCUGAAGUACUGGGAUUACCGGCGUGAGUCACGAUGCCCAGCCACAAGUUCUCAAUUCUUAAGAGACAUGGUGAUAAUUCAUACUGAAGAGGAAAUCUACACAGCUUAAAAAAUAUGACAGUGCUUUUACCAACACCUCCAACUUCUCUAUAUGUAACAAUGAUUAUACUAGUGUGAAACCCUAGAAAUAUAUAAAAUGUGUCAAAGCCUUUAUAUGGUUGCCACAUUUGAUUGUAGGUAAGAUACUUCAUACUGGCAAAACUACAAGUGUGAAGAAUGUGGCAAAACUUCUAAUCAGUUCUUAAACCUUAUUUCACAGAAAAGCUAGUAUCCUUAAGAAAAACUGUACAAAUAGAAGGAAUGUGGAAAACCCAUUAAUUCCUACUCACAUCUAACUCAACAUAAAAAGAUUCCUUUUAAUAAAAGCAUUAAAAUUGCAAUUACUGUCAAAAAAAACUUUCAGAAAGUAUAAGUCUUUAAAAUGAGUAUUUUUUGUGAAGACAAGCAUUACAAAUAUAAAGAGGGUUAUAUAGUAUAUUUACUUUUAUCACAGAUUUUAUUGCACACAUUUUGUACUGAAGGAAACCCUAAAGCAGUUGCUCAAGCUUUGUUCAACAUCAGGGAAUUUAUAUUGGAGAUGAGUCCUACAAAUGUAUUAAGUUUAGAAACACUUUUUUUUUUCUUUUUUUUUUUUUAGAAACUACAGCUUAGAAAACAGAGAGUUUAUACUAAAAUAUAAUUUUGCAGAUGCAGUAAAUAUGAAAAAAUAUUUAAUUCAAAAUAGAUUGUAUAUAAAUAUCAGAGAAGUUACAGUAGAAUAACUAAGGCCCUGAUAUUUCAGACAUUAUACUAAAUCAGAGCAUUGGGUAUAAAAACUAAUCCACAGCAGCAGUUUUUAGGUAAAUGAUUUCUAUGUAACUUUAAAAGGAGUAGAUUUUUGGAAGCAUUGUAAUUCCAUUGAAAGUGUAUUUGUUUCCUUGAAUAAAAUUUUUUGAAAGCUGAAUAAUGAUGUAAUACAGAUUUCAAAAUAUGCUGUUAUUUUAUUUCUGUUCACAUGUGAGAAAGCAUGUGAUCAAUUGCUUCUGCAUCAGAGAUACCAGAGAUUUUAAAAAAUUAUUUGGACAUUAUGACCUUUUCUAUAAAAUAAUAACAUUAAAAUGUAAGAUCCAUAAUGAAAACACAAGUGGAGAGGCUCAUUGUAGUAAAAUUCUAUUAAGUAAUGUAUAAGGUAAAUGUUCAGAGCAAUAACUUUAUUAUAGUGACAAUUAUGUUUAGAACUUUAUUAAAAUAAAUGAGUAUAAUA